AUACUCCAGACAGGAGAGCAGGCCACAGAGGGACAGUGGGUGGAAGAGAGACGAGGAGAGCAGAGCAACAUGGACUUUCCUACCACGGUGAUAUUAGUCGGGCUCAUAGUAGCUCUACUGUGGGUUUUAACAGUGAAGAGCAGGAGGAAGUAUAAUUUACCUCCAGGACCUGUUGCCCUCCCUCUCGUAGGGAACCUGCCGCAACUGGACAAAAAUGCACCUUUUAAAAGUUUCCUCAAGCUCAGUGAAACCUACGGUCCAGUGAUGACCUUGCACAUGGGCUGGCAGAGGACGGUGGUUCUGGUCGGGUAUGAUGCAGUGAAGGAGGCGCUGGUGGACCAAGGGGAAGACUUCAUGGGCAGAGGGCCGCUGCCGUUUCUGAUGAGAGCCACCAGGGGCUACGGUCUGGGGAUCAGUAACGGGGAGCGAUGGCGCCAGCUGCGACGCUUCACCCUGUCGACCCUCAGAGACUUUGGGAUGGGACGUAAGGGCAUGGAGGAGUGGAUCCAGGAGGAGAGCCAGCACCUGAGGGAUCGCAUCGACUCAUUCAAAGCCGCACCCUUCGACCCGACCUUGCUGUUGAGCUGCACCGUGUCCAAUGUGAUCUGCUGCAUGGUGUUUGGCCAACGCUUCAGUUAUGAAGACAAGCAGUUCCUAAAACUUCUCAACAUCAUGUCUGAGAUGUUAAAGUUUGAGAGUAGUCCUCUCUGUCAGAUGUACAACGUCUUCCCCUGGCUGAUGGAGCGUCUUCCCGGCCGCCAGCACUACUUUUUUGCCCGAAUUGAUGAGUUGAGAGAUUUUAUCAAGACAAAGAUCAACGAGCAUAAAGACACACUGGACCCCAGCUCUCCACGAGACUUCAUCGACAGCUUCCUCAUCCGAAGUGAGCAGGAAAAGAACAAGCCAACAACAGAGUUCCACCACGACAACAUGGUGUCGACAGUGUUUAACCUGUUCCUGGCGGGAACAGAAACCACAAGCUCCACCAUCAGAUAUGCCCUCAGUGUGUUCAUCAAAUACCCAGACAUACAAGAAAAGAUGCAGCAGGAGAUUGACAGUGUUGUCGGAAAGGACAGGUGCCCCAAAAUGGAGGACAGGAAGUCCCUUCCCUUCACAUAUGCUGUCAUCCACGAAGUGCAGCGUUUUCUGGACAUCGUCCCCCUCAACCUCCCUCACUACACACUGACGGACAUUUCUUUCAGGGGUUACACAAUCCCCAAGGACACUACCAUUAUUCCCUUGUUGCAUUCUGUGCUCAGAGACGAUAAACAGUGGGCGUCUCCCUGGACCUUCAAUCCUCAGCACUUCCUGGACCCAGAUGGAAACUUUAAGAAAAAUCCUGCGUCCAUGCCAUUUGGUGCAGGGAAGAGGGCAUGUGUUGGUGAGUCUCUGGCUCUUAUGGAGCUCUUCAUCUUCCUGGUGUCUCUGCUGCAGCGUUUCACCUUCUCCUGCACAGACGGCCCCGACAGCAUCGACAUGUUGCCUGAGUACGGCAGCUUCGCCAACUUGCCUCGCAGAUACAAGGUCAUCGCUGCACCGCGGAUACUCCAGACAGGAGAGCAGGUCACAGAGGGACAGUGGGUGGAAGAGAGACGAGGAGAGCAGAGCAACAUGGACUUUCCUACCACGGUGAUAUUAGCCGGGCUAAUAGUAGCUCUACUGUGGGUUUUAACAGUGAAGAGCAGGAGGAAGUAUAAUUUACCUCCAGGACCUGUUGCCCUCCCUCUCGUAGGGAACCUGCCGCAACUGGACAAAAAUGCACCUUUUAAAAGUUUCCUCAAGCUCAGUGAAACCUACGGUCCAGUGAUGACCUUGCACCUGGGCUGGCAGCGGACGGUGGUUCUGGUCGGGUAUGAUGCAGUGAAGGAGGCGCUGGUGGACCAGGCGGACGACUUUACGGGCAGAGGGCCGCUGCCGUUCCUGAUGAAAGCCACCAGGGGCUACGGUCUGGGGAUCAGUAACGGGGAGCGAUGGCGCCAGCUGCGACGCUUCACCCUGUCGACCCUCAGAGACUUUGGGAUGGGACGUAAGGGCAUGGAGGAGUGGAUCCAGGAGGAGAGCCAGCACCUGAGGGAACGCAUCGACUCAUUCAAAGCCGCUCCCUUCGACCCGACCUUCCAGUUUAGCCUCACAGUGUCCAAUGUGAUCUGCUGCAUGGUGUUUGGGGAACGCUUCUGUUAUGAAGACAAGCAGUUCCUGCAACUCCUCAACAUCAUAUCUGAAACGUUACAGUUCGGCAGUAGUCCUCUGGGUCAGAUGUACAAUGUCUUCCCCUGGCUGAUGGAGCGUCUUCCUGGACGCCAGCACUACUUUUUUGCCCGAAUUGAGGAAGUGAGAGAUUUUAUCGAGAUGAAGAUCCACGAGCAUAAAGACACACUGGACCCCAGCUCCCCACGAGACUACAUCGACUGCUUCCUCGUCCGAAGUGAGCAGGAAAAGAACAAUCCCACGAAUGAGUUCCACCACGACAACUUGGUGUCGACAGUGUUGAACCUGUUCCUGGCGGGAACAGAAACCACAAGCUCCACCAUCAGAUAUGCCAUCAGUGUGCUCAUCAAAUACCCAGACAUACAAGAAAAGAUGCAGCAGGAGAUUGACAGGGUUGUCGGAAAGGACCGGUGCCCCAAAAUGGAGGACAGGAAGUCCCUCCCCUUCACAGAUGCUGUCAUCCACGAGGUGCAGCGUUUUCUGGACAUCGUCCCCUUCAGCCUCCCCCACUACGCACUGACGGACAUUUCUUUCAGGGGUUACACAAUCCCCAAGGACACUGCCAUUAUUCCCUUGUUGCAUUCUGUGCUCAAAGACGAGAAACAGUGGGCGUCUCCCUGGACCUUCAAUCCUCAGCACUUCCUGGACCCAGAUGGAAACUUAAAGAAAAAUCCUGCUUUCAUGCCAUUUGCUGCAGGGAAGAGGGCGUGUGUUGGUGAGGCUCUGGCUCGUAUGGAGCUCUUCAUCUUCAUGGUGUCUCUGCUGCAGCGUUUCACCUUCUCCUGCACCGACGGCCCCGACAGCAUCAACCUGGUGCCCGAGUACAGCAGCUUCGCCAACUUGCCUCGCAGAUACAAGGUCAUCGCUGCACCGCGGUGAACCGAGGAGCUCCAUGCUGAAUAUAACCACGACUGUUACUGAUGGCGCCAGCUGGUACGUUUCCCCCUGUCAACUCUCAGAGACUUUGGGACGUUAGGGCAUGGAGCAGUGGAUCCAGAAGAGGAGCCAUCACCUCAGGGGUUCGCAGAGACUCAUUCAAAAGUGUGUUUGCAGUCAGUUAAUGUGGAUCAGGAAUAAUGCACAACCUGAGCUUAAUUAGUUUAGAGCUUUAUCUUACCCCUGAUAACGAAGUCACUCUGAGAAUAAAGAAAACUGUAAAAAAAACUUUUAUUGUUGCGUUUC